AUGCCACCCAAAAAGAAGUCAAAAAUCCGCAAUUCGACUGAUAAUUCGGUGAGCUUGCUCAAUAAUAUCCACACGCCGAAGAGCCAGAGGAACACGAAGAACCGAAGACACACCACCCACGGACAUGUUUUUGACCUCCCCGCAUCCCCCGAGAAGCCUCAACGAUCCGGGCUGCUUGAGGAACGCCAGGCCCUACUAUCCCGACUUCGAAGUAGCCAGAAAAUACCUUCAAUACCGGAAUCGGCACAAUCAGAUGAAGAACAACAAGAAAUGCCUGAACCACCCGAACAAUCUGAGUCGCCUGCGCCACCUGAGGAAACACAGACAUUACGUUCUCGACUUCGCAGUGCUAAUAGAGGACCUUUAGUACCUGAAAUGCUACCACCACCACACAAUGCACAGCGGGCACCGCCGACCGAGGACGAACGGAUGGAUGAUGCGUCUGACCCAGAAUCACAUGAUGAAGAUGUACCAGAAGUCAAUGGAAGUACAGCAGCAUAUCAAGGGUCAGAUAUGGAUGAGGACGAGGAUGAGGUAGCCCACCAGCUUGAAGAGCAACUGCGAACACCACAGAAUGGUAUGCGAGAAGAAGAGGAACAGGAACACGGGGAACAAGAAGAUGAACAGGAGCAAGAAGAGGGAGAAGAGAGAUUUUCAACCCCUCCUCUCACUGUCUCUCCAAAUGUAUCAAGGGAGCGGCCAGAACUUACUGGAACGACUGGCAACGAUUCAACCAAUGACCCAUUGAUGUCUAUGGAGGAUUCACAGGCUGGCUCAUCGUUAUUCGAAUACGAUAGUCCCGAAAUAACAUCACCACACCCUCAAAUGAACACUCCGCCCCGGGCAUAUGAAAGACAAGAGUCAAUGGAGGAUGGAUUUGAAUCUGAGAACAUGCCUGACGACGAGUCAGAUGCGCCAGAUGCGCCAGAAUAUGUGCCUGGGACUGAACCCGAAGAUGAACCCGAGGAUGACGAUAUCGCUCGGCUAGAUCCUGAUUUGAAAGAUUGGCUGGUGAAAACUGUCCAAACAACUGAUCCGAAGAGGCAGUGGAUGGACUUCCAUGAGCGAGCUUUUGUACUACCCGAUUAUGUUCGUAAACCGACACCAACACUAUUCGAAGAUUCUCUCAUGUUGCUUGCACGCGCACAGGAGAUUUAUACCGAGUUGGAAUAUCAAUCGGUUGAUGAUGGUCUACCUUCGGGGUUUCAAGCAGACAUUGCCAAUCUUUGUACAUCUACUUUCGCCGAAAUUCAAGGCAUUUUGAACUUUCCCAGCCUACCAGAUGCGAAACAGAAUCCCGUCAAAGCUGGAAAAUUAGUGGUUCAAGUUGAAGGCUAUUUGCUGCCACACAUGGCUGUCUUGGUCAUUUUGGGCUUCAAAGCAUUUGCUGAAUACGGCAUACCUGCAACGAAGCCGUUCGCCGUGAUCUUGAAACUUCUUCGAGAUUCCUGUGAGCGUAUUAACGAUCUAAGGGAUUAUUAUGUGUCUGCGAGUAAUCGGCAAAGGUCCUGGAAACUUGGCGUAUCUACAAAGCAAAUCCAAACGGCUCUUGAAUCUGGUAGCUUGAAUGUCCAUCUGCCUGCUGGAAGUGACGAAGAUACAGACACUAUGCCAUCGUUGUUGUGGCAAUGGACAAAUGCAGAAGUAGUUGCGCUUCGUCACGCGUUGCAAACAUAUCGACGUCAGUACUCUUCGGCUCCUCCUAUUUGA